CCCUGCGCUUCGCUUUGGAAGCCCCCCAAUCCCUUCACGGGACGAUCGCCGGCUGCGUUUCUUGUUUGCGAUAGCUUCAGUAGGCAGAAUUUUCGUGCAGAAAUUCUUUUGGGUUUUUUUUUGGGUUUUGUUGGGUUUUGUCGGAAUUGGCGAUUUGGAGUGUAAGAGAACGGGGUUUGGAACAGAGAGGCUUAUGUCGACGCAAAGUGCAGGCGGGUUGAGGAUUGAGCGGAUGUGGUUGUGGGAGGGCAUUGGGAGAGAUUUCUGGGAUAUUGAGGGUCUCUUGAAUGUCUUUGGAAGGAGAAUGGUGAAGAAAUUCGGGUAGUGGAGACAGUUUGGUUGAGUGGAGGUUUAGUGGUGUGGCUUCUGGUUUUGGAGGUAGAAGGAAGGGGCAAUUUAGGGUUGCGAGAGAUGGCGGAGGCGGAGCUGGUGUCGUUUUUUGAGAAGGCGUGUAAGGCUGCAGACAGGGCGGUGAGCAAUGGAGCCAUUUUGCCUGCUGAGGAAGUGCGGUGCCAGGAGACCCUGAAGGCCAUGGGCGCCGUGGAAGUGAGCACGGCGCUUCUGCUGUCGACGCAGGUUGGCAAGCGGCUGCGCAAGCUAACAAAACAUCAAUCCUCGAAAAUAUCUGCUUCAGCGCAGCAGCUUCUGGAGGAAUGGAAGAAGGUGGUUGCAGACGAAGCCGCAAGCAGGAGCGGGACCCCUAAGGAUGCCUCUCCCGUAAUCAAACCCGAAACUCCAGCCAGAACAUCGCUGUCAACGACAGUAAAGAAGGAAGUGAAACUAGAAGCGAAAACAGAAAUGAAAGUAUGUACGUCGAAGAGCUCCAGAGUGGGGUCUAAGAGCACUGUUCCAUCUCCGAAAGUGGAAUCGAAGAGUGUCUCCCCAUCUCCGAGGGUAGAAACAAAGAACGCCCGUCCUGCACCUCAAUCUCACCCCGCCAGUAAAAGUGCUUCUCCGUCGGCAUCCCAGUCUUAUCUCGCGGGGAAGUCUACAACUGCCUCCUCAGCAGCACCAUCAAGCUCAGCGAAUGGUUCGGCCUCUGGACUUGAAUCGAAAAUUGGACACCUUCCAAAGUCUGGGGACCCUAAUCGGGACAGGUUUCGGGAACUCCUCUUGGAUGCCUUUAAAAAGUGUUGCAGUGAGCUUACCGACGAACACUCAAAAAUAGUGAAGAGCACGGACUUCGUGAAGGUGACAUUAGCUGUGGAGACUGUGUUAUUUUCCAAGCUGGGGCUUUUCAAUGGAAAGGAGAAGGCGAAAUACAGGUCCAUCUUGUUCAAUCUCAAAGAUCAAAACAAUCCAGACUUUAGACGCCGUGUUCUGAUGGGCGAAAUCAAAUCGGAAGAAAUUGUCAACAUGACUGCGGAUGACAUGGCCAGUGAUGCAAGGAAGAAGGAGAAUGAGGUCAUUAGGGAAAAGGCCCUGUUCGAAUGUGAGCGAGGCAUGCAGAACGUGGCAUCCACUGAUCAGUUCAGGUGUGGCAAGUGCGGACAACGUAAGACGACGUACUUCCAACUGCAAACUCGGAGUGCUGAUGAGCCCAUGACUACAUUUGUAACGUGUGUUAAUUGCAACGCUCGCUGGAAGUUCUGUUGAUAAUUGGAGGCUCCUUCUCCAUUGUAUGAAGUCAGUAGGUUCAGUUGCUUCCUUAUUUGUUACAGGAAGAAAAAAGGGGGAAGUUUGCGAAUAAGUAGUAGUCACGAGAGAGCAAUUUGUGCAGGGUUUAUACUAGGGGAUAGAUAACUGUGAGCAAAGUGCAUGGUGAAUCGGCGCUUGGAUAGCGAUUUUUAGGUCCUAGUGUUGUGGGAAAUCCAACACCCAACUCAUGCCAUGUAUAACUAGAAUUAAUGAAACCAACAAGAUGAUUUUCUGCCAGUGCUUUAGGAUCUGCCCUGUUGGCAUUUUGGCAGAUAUGAUA